UCAGCUGUCAGCUGUCACAACACAACCUAACUUGCACGUGUUGCAAAUUAAAAGAAAGUUUAUUUAAAACUAAUGAACUUUACAAAUGUGUGAAUAAAUAUCUUAUAUAAUGUUGCCUCCAAAGGACAUUGGCAAUGAAUUGCCGGGUUUCGAAGCCUCUCCAGAGGAAAUUGUAAAAAAAGAUGGACAGAGUAGCAAAAAGAAGAAAAAUUCAGGAGGCUUUCAAUCCAUGGGCUUUAGCUUUCCAGUUCUUAAAGGAAUAACCAAGAGGGGUUAUAAACAGCCCACACCAAUUCAAAGAAAAACAAUACCAAUAGCCCUUGAGAAUAAAGAUGUUGUGGCUAUGGCUCGCACGGGAUCUGGUAAAACAGCUUGUUUUGUACUUCCCAUACUUGAAAAGCUCACCUCACAAGCACAUAAAGCCAUGCCUGGCAAAAACUUAAGAGCUCUCAUUCUAUCACCUACAAGAGAAUUGGCAUUACAGACUAUUCGUUUUGUUCGUGAACUCGGUAAGUUCACUGGACUUACAUCAGCAGCAAUUUUGGGAGGAGAAUCCAUUGACAGUCAGUUUGCUAUAAUGUCUGGUAAUGUACCUGAUAUUGUUGUGGCUACUCCAGGUAGAUUCCUACAUAUCUGCAUUGAGAUGAACCUCAAAUUAGACAAUAUCAAGGUUGUAGUAUUUGAUGAAGCAGACAGGCUAUUUGAGCUUGGUUUCGGAGAACAAUUGCAAGAAAUAGUCGCAAGAUUACCCACAAGUCGGCAAACAUUACUUUUUUCUGCUACACUACCUAAAAUGCUUGUCGAAUUCGCCAGAGCUGGCCUAACCGAUCCAGUGUUGAUACGAUUGGACGUUGAUUGGAAAUUGCCAUCAACGCUUUGGCUUGGUUGGAUUUAUGUGAGAGCUGAAUUGAAAACGGCAGCACUGUUGCUUUUACUGGAUAGAGUGUUGACUCCCAACACUCCACAGGCAGUUGUGUUUGCUGCCACUAAACAUCAUGUGGAAUAUUUACAUUUAAUACUUCAACAAGCAGGCAUUACCUCAACCUAUGCUUACUCAGGACUUGACCCAUCGGCCAGAAAGAUAGCUCUCGGCAAGUUCACUAAUAAGAAAUGUUCAGUGCUCAUUGUCACUGACGUAGCUGCCAGAGGGCUGGACUUGCCGUCCCUGGACACAGUCAUCAACUAUAACUUCCCAGCUAAACCGAAGUUGUUUGUACAUAGAGUUGGUCGCAGUGCUCGUGCCGGGAGAGCCGGGCGUGCGUUCUCGUUGGUGGCCGCUGAGGAACUGGCGCAUCUGCUGGAUUUGCAACUUUUCCUUGGAACUGAUCUGAUACUACCCAAUCAGGUAAAAGAGAUCGGCACAGACUGCCCCAGUGGGGUUUGGGGUUCAAUGCCAAUUAGUUUGCUGGAACUCAGACACCAAGACGUCAUGGCGUGGGAGAAAAAUAACUCCGAAAUUAUAGAUGCCAGUCGAGUGUGCGGCCGAGGUUGGCAACAAUACAUAAAAUGGCGGGAACCAGCAUCAGCAGAUGCGAACAAACGUGCGAAACAGUUAAACCCGCCCACCGCGCCGCACCCCUUCGUCAUCGACCAAUCAGAACAGGCCGCUGACGAGCUCGUCGAACAGAUAAAGAACUUUCGACCUAAAGGCACGAUAUUAGAGCUUACGGGACGCAAUGAUUCUCCAAUGUACCUCGCUAUGAAAGCCAAGAGGCGCGUUCACGGCAAAACAGUUCAAAAGACCAGAAACAAUAAGGAUGGACAGGGUGAAUUACAAGAGAGCUCGAAUCAAAAUGCAUCGGAAAGUCCAGAAAAGAACAGAAAGAAAAGGAAGGCAGUAGUCCGCGAUGAGAACUAUAUACCUCACUUUGCAAGCGACCAACACACUGAAACUGGUAUGUCAGUAAACUUCGCGAGUAAUGCUGCGCAAGCGCAACUGGACGUGGUCGCGGACUGCGGCGACGGGGCGCGAGCCAACCGCGCGCAGCUGCGCUGGGAC